AUGGGUCGCGGCUGCUCCAUGGACGAGUGGGUGCACUUCAAGAAGCUCCCCGACGAAGGUCGCGUGCCCAACUCGUCGUACUGGUACGUCCUGUGCCGUCACUGCAUCGAUGGCUAUGAAAAGAAGCAGCUCCAGCGAGCGCCUCUGAAGCUCACGGGACGGCGCUCGGCCAUGCGCUCGCACUUGAAGUCGUGUCCUGUAUACGCCACUCAGUACAGGAGCGAGCAACUUGCGCUACAAGAGAUAACAGAUGGAGCACUUACUGAAUGCGAUACUCACUUCAAGAUAACGGAUGGUAUGGCUACGACCAAAGACCGGAUGACGACGAUGUCUGUGGGCGAGAAACGCGACCGCCGAAGCGGUGCCUCCAAAGGCCAUGGCAAGCACCGCCUGAUGGAAGAGUGGACGCACUUUACGCGCCUUCAGACCGAAGGAUACAUUGGCAACUCGAAUUUCUUCUAUGCCGUGUGCAAAGCCUGCGAGCGAGCUUACGAGGUGGCGGCAGAGCACCAGAAGCCGCUGCUUGUGCCGGAAAAGAUCGUGGGCCGGCGCGAGAAAUUGCGAAAGCACUUAGCACAAUGUCCGCACUUUCAAGGAAAGUUGCCGCCGCUUGGGCGGAGACUGCACCAACGCAGUGCGGCCAAGCCAUCUACUAGUUCCUUGUGGAUGACCGCUGCAGGGCUGGCUGCCAAUGGAGAGUCAGACAUAGAUGCAGCGACGGAUCGGCAAGCGACAAACACGUCUACUGCUGCUACUAUGGGCGGUGUCAGUGCAGGUACGUUGACGAUGGUCUCGUCGCGACGAGCGCUGAACGAGUGGCACUUUUUCACGCGGCUCGAGCGCAAACAAAAUAGUGCGUAUUACUUCGCACGGUGUAACUUUUGCCAACAGGCGUUGGAAAGUGCACCUGAAAGCAUGAAGGCCUCGAUGAAGCCGGCUAUCGUCAUGGGACGCAAGAGCAAUAUGCGGACUCAUUUGGCCAAGUGCCCCCACGUACCGAGGGAUGCAUCGACGAUCACAAAAGUUCAGGGAGACGAGCAGGGCGCAGCUCUUGGCAGUGCCACUGCUGUUGCAUCUGUACCGGAUACCCGCAUGUCGUCGAGACCUGAGGACAAUAGAGUUGUUGUUGGUGACGUGUCUUCAAUGCCGGUUCUUGACACCACUUCGGUGCAUCGCGCGCUAGUGCAACUGCUUAUGGAGCACCAGCUGCCCUUUGAGUGGGUUGAAAGCAACAGUGCCAAGUGUUUAUUCCGCGCACUCGUCCCUGUUUCUGGCGCUGCAGAUACGGUUGUACCAAGUGCAGCCGAUCUACGCACGCGCGUUUUGGAGAACACGUACAGCGCGACACUUUCAAGUGAACUUUCGAAGCUGCAAGAGCUGAUUCCACUCGCGUCAGGCACGUCUGCACUUUCAAACAGCACCAUCGAUACCUUGUCGGUCACACCGAUAAGACCGUGGCCAGUGUCGUUGCAUUGCAACAUGUCAAUGGUCCCGCGACCUGGGAGAAAGCAGGUGUCGGCGAUGGAUGGGAUCGUGACUAAUGGAAAAGCUAUCGUCUCACUAGCAUUUGUGCGGGCUCAGGGAGAAACGGUAAAUGUGGAAACUGCAGUAGCACACAGCCAUGGACUGGAGGUCGCGAGAUGGCUGAAUGAGCAUAUUCAGCUUUGUGUCCACACAGCUAGACUGUCUCUCGCAGUGGUGGUGCUGCCGUACAGCUCGAUCAUGUUACGUGCGAUCGGCAUUUUGCGAGCGCCGUCACGCUGGCCUCAAGUUGUUUUCCUGCAUGAUAUGGAGACUAUGCUUCACUUUCCAUUGCUGACACUGCUGGCGACAGCGGAAAUGUUCACUGUCGUAUCGUCGCUCAUAGAGCUGUGGCAAUUGGAGUCGAUCCGCUCUUGCGUAAUCGAACGGCUGUCGCACAUGGACGGCAGCGCCAAUGUCAGUCCGUUUUGUAGUUGGGACUCGUGUGCCGUUCUCAUCCAAGUUCUUCUCGACGACCAAACAUUUGUCGCUAGUACGAAAAGUGGAGCAGCGAAUGCUCAACGGCUGGUGGAGAACGCGCUCAAUCGCUCGUUACUAGAGCGUGUGUGCACGUUGCUUGAUGCUUUCAUGCAUGUGUUUGCAAGCUGUCGAGCUGGGUUGACGCUUUCGAGCGCAAUGGUGCAAUUGGGCGUGUUGUUUACGGCUGCUGAAGGCUUUGCCACGGUCCAGCGGUCGCUAGAGGUGGUAUGGGAGCAAAUGGAGCAGCCUCUUUUCAUAUUGGCACGUGCCCUGAACCCGCGACUUCGACUGCGCGACAUGAAAAGUACUGCACUCACCAGGCUCAGCACCUUGAGUGAUCUCAGCGUGAUGUAUUUCACAUCUCUUUUCGGGCACAGACCGAGCUUGCUACGAGGGGAAGUGACGGCGUAUCUCCACACGUCGCAGCACGUUUUCACGACUGAGUUCGUCGCCGAGUUUCCUGUCGUAGAGGACUACUUUUGCUACUUGGGCGACAACUAUCCGUCGCUGUCCAUGCUAAUGCAAGUGCUGUACUCCAUGUCUUCUGUAUCUCUGGCAAAUUGUACUGCCCAUACAGCACCGAAAGCAAUGGAACGAGGCGUCAGCAAUGUGUACACAAACGACGAGCAGUUAAAACUUGACUACCUACGUGACCGGUGGGGGAUCACAUCUGCUGUUCGAGUAUACAAAGCACACGAAAGAGAGACAAAUGGUCGGAUUGCUGCGCACAGCGAUCGCAGCGGCGCAGCCAUGUUGAAUGCUGAUGUUGUUGUGGGUGAGUGGAAGAAGGCCUUGACGUUGAUGCUUUACGGACGAGGUGUCGAUCUUACCCCGCUGGAGGACAAGAUGAACGGCAUGGAUGGAGGCGACGUUUUGGGUGAUGCCAAUGAGCAGGCAGACGGCAAUAUAGCACAUAGGGACCAGGAGACAGCUCAACAUGGUCUCAAGUUGCCGACGCUGGAGCUCGACGACGAGCUGACGUUUCCAUCGACUGGCCUGCGACGCGAGUUUUCGACAAAGGUGCUUCUCAAGGACUUGUUCGAAUCUGCCGAGAGCUGUAGCUGA